AUUCGAUUCUCUGCCUUCAAUUUUAGCCGAUCUACAUACCCACCAGGCGUAUAGUCCGAAAGACGCCCGUUGCCUGCGGCAGAGAGAGUCUUGAAAUUGUACAUCGGACCCGUUUGUCCGAAUACAGUCGUCCCAGCCCAAGCCGUUGGCCAGCUUAUAUUAUAUCCCCAACCGUCGACGGUUCGCACUUUCUGCGCCUAUUUGGUGGGACAGUUGCGCAAUUCACAGAUCUAUCCGUUUUCGAAAAACAACAACCCGACCAUAAACACAAAAUGACAAGCAGAACCGCACGGGUGAACGAAGACCUGGAACCGCCACACUCCAAUGAUAUUCCUCGUGAGAGAGACUAUGGCUACGAUCUUGACGACUCCGAAGAUCGCGAAAAUGCCUUGAGAAAAAUUCACACCUCGGGUGCCUUGUCGAUCUCACCAGAACUUUUCGAAAAGAUCUAUCUCUCACCGCAAAAUCGAGUCUCUGGUGACUUGCGAGGGACAUUCGCGAAUCCGACUCCGCUUGCCAUCGGCGGUUUCUUGAUUGCGUUGACGCCCUUGUCUUGCGAUCUGAUGGGAUGGCGAGGAUCAGGUGGUAACGGCGCGGCAUCGACGGGGUCCUUCUUCUUCUUCGGCGGUCUACUCAUGAUUCUCGGAUCUAUCGGCGAGUUCAUCCUAGGCAACACAUUCCCAAUGGUGGUAUUUGGCUCGUUCGGUGCCUUUUGGCUCUCAUACGGCGCAACACUCGUUCCGGGGUUCAAUGCAUAUGGCGCGUACGUCGGCUCAACGACUGGCGAUCUAGCAGGUCUACAAGAUGCAGGGUUUCAGUCCAGUUUCGCUUUCUUCCAAGUCUUCAUGGGCCUCCUGUGUACCAUGUACAUGAUCCUCGCCCUACGCACGAACCUGAUCUUCUUCCUCAUCUUCCUCACCCUGAUUCCCUCAUUUUGGACCUUGGCCGCCGCGUUCUGGAAACUAUCCGAGGAUCCGGUUGGGAAUGCUGUAUUGGGGAACAGACUGAUCUAUACAUCCGGCGCAUGUUCAUUUGUGACAUGUAUCCUCGGGUGGUACCUGUUCCUCUCCAUUAUGAUGGCAUCAUUGGAUUUCCCAUUCCAACUUCCAGUCUUCGAUCUAUCUCGUUACAUUAAAGGUGCUUCAGAUCGGGAAAAGGCCAGGAAGAAGAAGAAGUUGUAUGACGCCUAAAUUCAACUCAUGAUGGCUACACAAAAUUCCUUCUAGCUAGUUCGACGGAAAUUUGGCCGAAAUUAUUAUGAACAUGGAC